AUGAAACACCGUAGCUUCUUGACCCUUUUGAACGAACCAACUGGAUUCGGUUGGGAUCCUAAAAAAGGCACGGUCACUGCUGAUGAAGAUGCUUGGGCAAGGCAUCUCUUGGUUAACCCUACUGCGACGCAGUUUAAGACCAAAGGAUGUGCAAACUACAAUCUAUUGGGGAUUAUAUUCAAUAAGACCACAACAACUGGCGUGUUGCAACAUGCAUCUACACAAGACCCACCCAACUCUGAGGAAGAGAGACAUCUAGAUGAAGCGCUGCUAAACGGUGGUGUCCACGUGGAUUUGGAUGCUGAUGAAGAGCUUGUUGAUGUUGACACCCCACCCCCUGUGAAUGACAAUGGAAGAAACCACUUUGGAAAGCGUUCUGGAAGUACUGCACCACCAAGAUCUGAGAGGAAAAAAAGGCAGAAUGUGUCGGAACAGCUUCAAGCAACCUUGGCCGCUAUGGAGGAGUCGUGCUAG